GUUAAAUUGUUUAAAUUUACUAUUUUCUUUAAAUUAAUAUUACGGGUAAAAGAAGUUUGACAAGUUUCUACAUUCUAUAUUCUUGUUUUGCAGUAAAAUUCAAAUAUACAAGGGAAAUGAUGAGCAAUAACGAUUCAGCAUCAAUGGAACCUAGCACCAAGCGUUAUAAAAAGAUGACUGAAGAUGAUAGAAGAGCAGAUUUGAAUUAUGAGAGGACCGCUUCGGAUGAGGAAUUGAUGAAUUGCGAAUACGUUAGAAAAGGAAAUAAUAUAACAGAAGAUUCAGAUGAUGAUAAUAUUGAUUCGGCAAGAAGUACACCGAGUGAAGAUUUAGAAGCUGCCAGAGAACAGAGAGAGAGGAAGCCGAAUACAAUUUUCUUUCCAACGGGAGCUUCAGCCUGUAACUUUGACGACUUUCCGGAGAGUUUAUUCCGUUUAGCUGGAAUAGGCGGCGAGUCUUUGCUUGAGGAUGAAAUGGAAUUUUUCAAACCUCAGAUGGCGCGAAUUUUGAACUCCAGCACUUCUAACUCAAAUGUUAUGAAUCGGAUGACUCGUUUUAUUAAAUUGUUAGGAGAAAGAGUGAUCGAUGAUAAAAUGAACUUGAUACACGAUUGGAGAAAAGAAAUAAGAACAUUUAUGGCAAGUAUAGAAAAUUGGACAGUAACUCAAAUGGAGUACUUAGAGCGGGAAGAAAAUCGCUUAAGAAAACACAUUCCUAUUGACGACGAGGACCAUGCAGCGAAGAAAGAUUGUAUAUUAAAAAUGCGAGAUACUGAAAUCGAUAACUUGCAGUGCUCUUUGAAAGAAUUGGAAGAAAGAGAAAGAGAAGAGGCCAGAAAGACCAUGACUUUUGUUAAUGAUUGGAUAAAUGUUAUCCUGACUGCAGGCAACAAGGGAAAUCAACAAUCUUAGAUAUUUUUUUUAGCACAAGUUAAAACAUUAAAGUACUUUAGAUAUGAUUUUGUAAAGAUUGUUUUAUUCUAGAAUAAUAAGUUUGUCGUUUGUAAGUAGUAUAACGGUUUUAAGUUUUUUU